CUCUUUACUGGCACCCACCGUAUAGUAGGAGAGCAGCCCCGCGUUGUAGUCGAGCACGAACCAGCGGUACUGCCAUCCUUUCAUCACGUUGGUCCAUUUGCUGAGCGGACCUUCCAUGAUGGACGCCAUCUUGGGAGCCGAUGAAUGGCAAAAGCGGUGGGUUCAAUCUAAACACAGAUCUGAUUAUGGUAAAUUUCGCAUAGGAGCAGGAAGAUUUUAUGGAGAUAGAGAAAAAGAUAUAGGCCUGCAGACAACUCAAGAUACAAAGUAUUAUGCAAUAUCAGCAAAGUUUCGACCCUUUAGUAAUGAAGGCCAGACCUUUGUGGUUCAGUAUACAGUAAAAUAUGACCAACAUGUUGAUUGUGGUGGUGCUUAUAUUAAAUUAUUUCAUGAAGACUUGAAUCAAGAGAUUUUGAAUGAAGAUUCACAGUACUAUAUUAUGUUUGGCCCAGAUAUAUGUGGAGAACACAAAAAGAUUGUGCAGGUUAUAUUCAACUAUAAAGAUGACUACUUCUUCAUUAAAAAAAACAUCACAUGUGAGACCGAUGAUUUUACCCAUCUGUACACUCUAAUAGUACGUCCAGAUUUAACAUAUGAAGUGAAGAUUGACAAUUACGUGGCCGAGUCUGGCAACUUAGAAGAUGACUGGGAUUUUCUGCCUCCAAAGAAGAUAAUAGAUCCUGAUAUGCCAAAACCUGAUUACUGGGAUGAAAGGGAAACUAUCGAGGAUCCCAUGGACAAGAAACCAGAUGAUUGGGAUCAGCCAGAGAGAAUUCCUGAUCCAGAUGUGCAAAAACCAAAUGACUGGGAUGAAGAGAUGGAUGGCGAAUGGGCACCACCAUUGAUUCCAAACCCUGCGUACAGAGGCAUUUGGAAACCUCGUAUUAUCAAAAAUCCUAAUUACAAUGGCAUAUGGGUCCAACCAGAAGUUGACAACCCAGAUUACACACCAGAUCCUGAUCUUUGCAAAUAUUUUAAUAUUAGUGUCAUUGGUUUAGAGAUUUUACAGGGGAAAUCUGGUACAAUUUUUGAUAAUUUUCUAAUCACAAAUGAUGAACAAUAUGCUGAAGAUGCUGGGAAUGAAAUGUGGGGUGCCACAUAUGAGAGAGAAUGGAAGAGAAGAGAGAGACAAGAUGUUGUGUAUAACAAAAUUAAUGAAAAACAGGAACCAAAGGGAAAGGAGGCCAAGAAAGAAAAGAAUGGAAAAGAACUCAACGUUAAAGAUGAAUUGUAAACAACCAAAACUUGCAUAAUUACUUUCACUCAGUAUGUUAAUGACUUGUUCAGAUACUUUGCAUAUUUUCUAUACCUUGUUACAGGAGCUCUGAAAGGCAGUGACAAAAAAGUCCUGGUGAACAAAUUUUUAUAAUUAGAUGAGUAGUGAUGACAGAAGCAAAGUCUAAGGGUGCAUCUAUACCACGUUAACUACCGUGACUCAAUACUAUGGAAUCAUGGGACUUGUGAUUUGGCAAGGCAUCAGCACUAUUUGAUGAGAAAGCUAAUAUCCAUGAUUCUGUAGCACUGAGCCAUGGCAAUUAAAGUGCUGUCAAACUGCAUUGAUUCCAUAGUAUAGAUGCGUGCGGGUCUUUCACGAAGUAUAUCCUCCUACAUUUAAAGGGGUUUAAGUUAAAGGGAAGGCAAUAGGGGUUGUCCCUUUGGAUUAGAAUCACAGGGUACAAAUAUAAAUAUGGGGAGCAUGAAGAUAGAUAAACUUAUCUUUAGGGGUGGUAGCUGGAUAGGGUACUCCGGUUUAUAGCAGGAAUGAAUUAAGUCAUCCAGAUGUUGUGCUGCAACUGUCAGCAUUUCUCACUACUAAGUACAUGUUGCAACUGAUGAUAAUUAUAAUCCAACAUUUAGUAGGCCACACUUUGCCCAUCCAGUUAUAAGGAUUCACUAUAUCCACCUAUCACUUCUAAACAUUAACAUAUUUGGUAGAAACUUGAGAUGGGAUUAAAAUUAUACCAACCACUUCGCUGUCUAACAUUCUCCUUAGCUGAGUUGAAGGACAGGCCAGCUAGCAGGAAGUACACAUUUCAGUUAUGUAAAGUGUAAACAGUUAAAUAAAAUUCAACAAACAUGCAUAACUACUUACGUAGUCCUAUUAAAUUAGUUUUCCUGUAUCUGACACAGCAAAGUUAUUUUUAAGCAUUUUCCUUUCUAUUUAUUUUAAAAGAAUUAGUUUCACUUAUUAAAUUUUAUAUUUUUCUUUACUUGUACCCAUUAUACGAUGUUAACUGGUUUUGCUGAGUAUUGUUACACGGCCAUUUUAUAUUCUUAUGUUUUAUUGAAUUUGUAUUUUAACUGUUUUGUUUUUUUUUAAUAAUGUUUUUAUUUUGACCUUGGUUUUUGCUUUGAAGGAUUGUUUGUAUUUGUGUCUAUGGGCAUUUUGUCCCAUAUGUAAGCCGCCUCAAGUCCUGUUUGAGAGGUGGUGUUGGGGUAUAAGAAUAAAGAUGUUAUUACUACUA